AUGCCCGCAAACCGAGCGGGGCCGGGGCCGGGCGCGGGGGUGUGGAUGACGGCAGCGCAAGGGUCCGCCGGCGCCAGGUCUUGGAGCUGCGUCGGAGGAGCGCCCCGGCUGCCGACUGGGACCGCUCCCGCUCCUGGGAGCGUUCUUGGGACCGUUCCUGGGUCCGCUCCUGGGACCCACCGCCUCGCUCCCCCGCCUGGUAA